CAUCAAACCUGCUGCCUCGGGACAUCUUUCUAACGGCAUGGUCGAACGGGAGACGACGUCCGAGACCCCCACGAGAGACCUAGCAAGCCGCCGUCCCUCGCAAUGACGGAGCGCUGUCCUUUAGCCGAGAAGGCGCUGUCGGAGGGCUUCGCGCGGCUGCGCUUCAAGGACACUUCUCUGCUGAUCUGGCAGCAGCAGCAGCUGGAGCUGGAGAGAGCGCCACCCGCCAACUACCUCAGCCGCAGCCAGAGCUCCUGGUACAGCCAGUACGGCAACCAGGCAGUGGUGAUACGGGACAAAACAAGACUGAAAGACUCCGAUAGCACCGGACAGUCCCGGAUUUGUGCUGUCAUGUGAUCCCGGUGUUCUUCUGGCGACGGAUAGUUCUCACAUUUGAGUGUUACUGACAAGUUUGAAGUAUGGCAUCUGUCCACAUGUCAUUACUCAAGCAGUUUAGACUAAACUUCAUGAUAUUAUACAGUAUUUGUUAACGUUUGUGCAGUGCAACAGCAGUAUUCAUAGAGGAACAUUACCUGUUUAUUAUAUUUACAGACUGAAGAGUCAGUUGAACCAAUCCGAAACCUAAUUUUUAACCCAGAUUAAAAGCGAACACUAUAUACCAUUGCAUGUCCCAAUUUAACAAACUUCAUAUUCAAGUAUAUCAUCACUGGUAGCAAUAUCAUUAGGUUUUCGUUGCAAAAUAAACCUUUAUAUUACUAAAGGCCUAGCAGGUAUCUAUCAAUCUGUCUAGUGUGGUGAAAAAUACAUUACUUUGUCAAAUUGUAAUGUUUUUACAUUACACGAAACGAUCAUAUUUCUCACUUAAAACGGUGUCCACUAGCAUGACUUACACUUGACAAAGAAAUGUUAAUAUAACUUUUAAGUAUGGGGCAUUUGUUCCCUUUUUACAGAAUCUUCGAAGCCUCAAAAAUGCAAAAAAAACAAACAAACCGUUUUUUAAAAUGGAGAUUCAAAAAGGUUUAUAAAGUUUUAGUUGGUACAUUCUGACAGCUAGACCUCAGUACACCGCUCAGUGUUUUUCAGUUUUACUGGUUUUAAUGUCUUCUGAAACAAAAUAAAUAUAUAUAAAAAC